AUGCAGUAUUCCCAUCACUGUGAGCACCUGCUGGAGAGGCUGAACAAGCAGAGGGAAGCAGGAUUCCUCUGCGACUGCACCGUGGUCAUCGGGGAAUUCCAGUUCAAGGCACACAGGAACGUCCUUGCCUCCUUCAGCGAGUACUUCGGGGCCUUCUACAGGGACACCUCUGACAACAACGUUGUGUUGGAUCAGUCUCAAGUGAAAGCAGACGGAUUCCAGAAGCUCCUGGAAUUUAUCUAUACGGGAAACCUAAACCUUGACAGCUGGAAUGUUAAAGAGAUUCACCAGGCUGCUGACUAUCUCAAAGUGGAAGAAGUGGUCACUAAAUGCAAGAUCAAGAUGGAGGACUUUGCUUUCAUUGCUAGUCCCUCUUCCACAGAGACAUCCAGUAUCACUGGGAAUGUUGAAAUGAAUCAGCAGACUUGCCUCCUGACCCUCCGAGAUUACAAUAAUCGGGAGAAAGCAGAUGCUGCUGCUGCUGCAGAGUUGGUUCAACCACAGGCAAAGAAAUUGGCGUUAGAAAAGAAAUCACCUCAACCCAAGAAGCGAAGGAAGAAUUUCAGCCCCCCCAAAAGCAUAGAGACUAAGUCCCUACAGUACCAGAACGACUUGACCGAGAACACAUCCAUUGAGAUGUUUUUAGAUGCAAAUAAGUUGGCCACCCAGAUAACAGAACAGGCUGCCCAGGGCAGUGAUAACUCGGAGCUGCAGCUGGCAGCUGUGGUGGAAAGCGAAACCCUGGCAGCGCAGGAUAUCCUGGCUCAGAGCCUUGCAGCAAAACAGAAACGUGGAAAGGCCCAGCAGAGCUGUGCCCUGAAGGAGCACUGCAUGUCCAACAUAGCCAGUGACAAGAGCACUUACCAGCUGGAGAGCUCAGGAGAGGAGCUUGACCAGAAGUACCCCAAAGCCAAGCCAGUGUGCAACACCUGUGGGAAAGUGUUCUCGGAAGCGAGCAGCCUCCGUCGGCACAUGAGGAUACACAAAGGGGUGAAACCCUACGUGUGUCAGCUCUGUGGGAAGGCAUUCACCCAGUGCAAUCAGUUGAAAACACAUGUAAGAACUCAUACAGGGGAGAAGCCGUACAAGUGUGAACUGUGUGACAAAGGCUUUGCUCAGAAGUGCCAGUUGGUGUUCCACAGCAGGAUGCAUCACGGAGAAGAGAAACCAUACAAGUGUGAUGUCUGCAACCUGCAGUUUGCAACCUCGAGCAACCUGAAGAUUCAUGCCAGGAAGCACAGUGGUGAGAAGCCCUAUGUGUGUGACCGGUGCGGGCAGCGCUUCGCCCAGGCCAGCACGCUCACCUACCACGUGCGGCGCCACACUGGGGAGAAGCCCUACGUCUGUGACAGCUGUGGGAAAGCCUUUGCUGUCUCCAGUUCCCUCAUCACCCACUCCCGAAAACACACAGGAGAGAAGCCAUAUAUCUGUGGCAUUUGUGAGAAGAGUUUUAUUUCCUCUGGAGAGCUCAAUAAGCAUUUUCGGUCCCAUACAGGUGAAAGACCAUUUAUCUGUGAAAUGUGUGGGAAUUCUUACACAGAUAUAAAAAACCUUAAGAAGCACAAAAUGAAAGUUCACACAGGACCUGAAACUCCCCCUGAUUCCAAUGCACUUGAUAACUCUUUCAAUGAACAAGAAUCCAUUCAGAGCCAGAAAAGUCCUUUAUCGGAGUCCAUAGAUGUGAAACCCUCUGAGAUGUCUUUAGCACUUCCUCUUCCCAUUGGGACUGAAGACCAUCAGAUGCUGCUUCCCGUGUCGGGCAGUCAGUCUCCUUCCUCAGAAACAUUACUGAGAUCUGCUGUGACUGGAUAUUCAGAACCUCAGUUCAUUUUCUUGCAGCAGUUAUACUGACAGAGCAGUGCAGAGCCAUCAAGGUAGUUUGGUAGUGAACUUGUAGACAUUUGGUAAGAUGAACAUGAUCAAACAAGCAGUCACACUCUCUGAAUUGGACUUGUUCUUUUUAUUUUCCUCUGUGUAAAGACACUUGUAAGGCAUUUCCAUCAUGCAGUGCUGAAUUGUGCUAAUCUACAAUCAGAUUUCUAUUUGUAAUUAACACUGAUUUCCAGGAGACAAUUCCUUUUCAGCAACACCUGCCUUAAGAAUUCUCUGUUACCUGUGUUA